CGAUUAGUACCUGGUCCACAUGGCUUUUUACUGUACGCUUUGACGGAGAUUUUAUACUAUGAUGAUGGCAGGCUCAAAGAUAGUUCUUCCAAGCUCUGAUGUUGAGGAAUAUUUUGAAGUCAAUCUUCGUCAAGUAAUUUCACGUAUUGUGAAUCCUCAAGGUCUGAGUGGACUCGCGAGCAAAAAAGUCUACGCGAGUGACAAUUGUCCAAGUUGGUGGCCAAAAGAUGUGGCGUUUGUUCCUGUUAUAGGGCAAAAAGCGCCGUCAAAUGGCAUCACUCAUAUACACCUGAAAAAGAUUUUGGCAGCUUUCUUGGAGAAAUGUCCGGACCAGUAUACAAUAUCACCUCCAGAUGAAGUUGCCUCAAAGAUAGUUCUUCCAAGCUCUGAUGUUGAUGAAUAUAUAGAGUUACCUCUUCGUAGAACAAUUUCACGUAUUGUGAACCCUGAAGGUCUUACGGGAAUUUCUAGCAAAAAAGUCUACAUGAGUGAAAAUUGUCCAAAAUGGUGGCCAAAUGAUGUGGUGUUUUCUCCUGUUUUAGGGCGAAAGGCUAUCACUGUUGGACACCUGAGAAAGAUUUUGGCAGCUUUUCUGGAGAAAUGUCCUGAGCAGUACACAAUAUCACCUCCAGUUGAUCAGCAAAACUCUGCCUCGACAGAUCUGAAAGACCAACUCAUUGGUACAAAGAGAGCCAGGAGGAAGCCACGCUCAAAGAUAGUUCUUCCAAGCUCUAAUGCUGAGGAAUAUUCUGGAAUCAUUCUCCGUGGCAUAAUUUCACGCAUUGCGAACCCUAAAGGUCGGAAGGGCAGAUACAUCUACAUCAAUGAUAAUCGUCCAAGUUGGUGGCCAAAAGAUGUGGCAUUUUCUUCUGUGUCAGGGCCCAAGGCUAUCGCAAAUGGUAUCACUGUUGGAAACAUGAGAAUGAUUUUAGCAUCUUUUUUGGAGAAAUGUCCUGAGCAGUACACAAUAACUCCCAGGAAACGGCUACUCAAUCCCACCUCUUCCCCACUCGUUGGUGAUAAUCAACCAGUAAGAGAAGUUAGCCCACAAAGUUCCUCUGAAAGUUCCUCUGAAAGUUCCUCUGAAAGUGAUCAAGAAGAGCCUGUAGGAAUGAACCAAACACCACCUACUGGAGCUAAUCGUACUCGAUCAGUUGGAGCCACAAUCAGCACUGCUGCACAACAUGCAAGCCCAAAGCUUAUUCUACCCAGCUCUUGUGCAAAUGACUACUCUCAACCUAGUCUCAUGUGGCUAAUUCGAAAGAAUUUAAAUCCCCAAAGGCGGAACUUCAUAUACUCCAGUGCUAAUUGUCCCAGCUGGUGGCCGACUGAUGUACCAUUCAUUAGGGCAGAAGAUAUGAAAGCUAAAGACAGGAGAAAAGUACUGACAGCUUUUCUGAAGAAAUGUCCUGAGCAGUACACAAUAUCACCUCCUGUUGAUCAGCGAAACUCUCCCUCGACCGUUGAAACUAACCAACCAGAAGACACCAUCAUUGAUGUCGAAACGAAUGAAGAUAGUACAGACGAAGAUAUUGAAGGAAAAGCUAGCAUACCAAUUGACCCUGAAGACCUGUUGAAUAGUCUAGAGCAGCACCUUCUGGAUUCUAGGAAAAGAAGUCUCGAGGCUGAGAGGAAAGUUGAGGAGCUGACAGAAGAAAACAAACGUCUCAAAGAAGAAAUGAAGAGUAUAGGUUCUAUUGUGAAACGAUCACGACUCCAUCACUAGUUUAGUCCCUCAUACCUAUAUACUAUCAUACCAACAACAACAAAUUGAACUUGAUAGUUUGUUCACUUUCUUUUAUGUAUAGUAUUUCUUUACAGUA